CACUGAGAAGGCAUCAUUCUUACUAUGAAUCCGAAGGUAAAUUCUACGAAGGCAUGGUGAAUGUGUUUUUAGUUCUCAGGACAAUCGUAACGGUGGUUAAUUAUGACUAUGUACUCGACUUCCGGUUUUACCAAAAUGGCGUCGUCGAAGUAAAGAGCAUGUCUACAGGCUAUGCUUUGACUAACGCUUUCUCAGAGAUGGAGAAAAAAUAUGGAUUUCAGUUACAUGAAAAUAUUGUUGCGAGCUUUCAUACACACAUGUUUCAUUUUAAAGCCGAUCUGGACGUAAAAGGUCAAAGCAAUAGAUACGAAACUAUAGAUAUUAAAACAGAAACAACACCAAAUGAAUUUUCUAGAAAAAUCAACUCUACUUACAGCCAAGGAUAUCUUGAGAAAUCUAUAAAGCGUACAGAGAAAGAGGCAGCUUACAAAUUUAAUUUUGAAACACCGAAAUAUCACAUAUUCUAUAACAAUAAGACAAGAGAUACAUACGGGAAUCCUUCAGCAUACAGACUUAUCCAUAACGGUAUGGUAAAGCAAAUUAUUCCAGAAGGUCAUAAUAAGGAACCAGCCAUAAGUUGGGCGAGGUACCAGCAUGCUGUGACUAAACGGAAAGACACAGAAGCUCAUAGCAGUUCCAUGUACUCCAUGUUUGAUACAGAUAACCAGGUUGUCAACUUCCAGGGAUAUAUAGAUGAUGAUGAAAACAUCACGGACGAGGAUCUUGUUCUGUGGGUGACACUAGGUGUUCAUCAUAUCCCACACAAGGAAGAUUUGCCUCUUACAACUACAACGGGCCUCUCACCUAGCUUCUUAUUACAACCUUAUAACUACUUUCCUGAAGACCCAGCUAUGGCUUCACCGAACGCUGUACGAAUAGAGCCGAAAGAUUCAGGAGUUUAUAUAGAACGAUAUGGAAUUCCUGAUGAAUCAAAGAAUACCUGCGUCCCCAGAAAGACAAACUUUGAAAACAAAAUAAAAUCAAAAACUACUCUGAUUUUCGAAUAGCAUUCGUAAUCUUAUUUUUUUUUUCAAAUAUAUAAUAUAUAAAGUUUAUCUAUAUGUACAUUUUAAAUACUAAUAAAAUCUAUUAUCUUACACUAA